AUGACGGCUGAGGAUAAGAAGGCCGUGUCGAUCAAGGUGCCGGUGAAACCGAAAGAAGCCGAGGAAAAGAGGAGAAAGCUGAACAGCCUGAAAAUCAAGAAUGAAGAACUGAAUGAGGAGGAGAAGAAAAAGAAGGAGGAGCUGGAGUUGCUCAUUAGUAGGCUCCGUGAUGACGACCCAGAUGUAGUGAACCUAUCCAUUACUAUGUUGAAUAAGGAAAUAAUUGACACCAGUGGGAUUUUGACGUCGUCCCUGUUAGCGCUGAAGGUAUUGAAGACGCACUAUAAUACACUACUAGAAAUACAUGAACAUAUGAAAUUCGAAGAAUGCAAAAAGAAGAUGAGUAACAUGAUAAGUGCCUUGUCCACCACCAUAGGGGAUGAAAACAAUAUCGUAAAAUAUAUCAUCAUGGGGAAUAAAAGCGACUUAGUAAAUUAUGGCCAUGAGUAUAUAAAGAAUUUAAUUAGUAAGCUGUUGGUAGAGUUUAAGAAUGUGAAAGAGGAGGAAUCAUCUGUUUCCGCAUCGGUGGUCACUCCAGGUGGAGCAGCAGCACCGUCAUCCUCUUCCCUCACUGCAGUGGCAGGUAGUAAUGUCCCCCCUGUGGGAGCAUCUGUCAGCACGCCAAAAGGAAUGCACAUGCUUAACCAUAUCUACGAAUUGGUCAAUAUAAUCGUGCCGUACUGUUUUAACCACAACACAGAAUACGAAGCAAUAGAUUUGCUAAUCGAGGUGGAUAAAAUAAACGACAUUCCUCUAUACGUGGAUGAGAAAUCCUGUGAAAGGUCCAUCCUGUAUCUGCUCAACAUAACUCAUUACAGCUCCUCUACGGAAGAAUACUACAAAUUGAUGGACGUUAUUUUGCACAUUUUAAAGAAGCAUAAAAAGCACGUAGAAUAUUUAAAAAUUUUACUGCAACUAAACAGGAUAGACAAAAUCAAGGAUGUGCUUUUCGAAUGUGGGGACAUGCUUACCUGCAAGCAGAUGGCCUUAAUCUGUUCUAGACAUUCAGUCCAUUUGGAGUUCACCCAGGAGGAAGUGAUUCGAUACCCGCAUAUGGACCUGAACCAGCUAGCUAGUCUUUCCUCAGGGGAACAUUUGUCUUCCAUAUUUUUGAGGCUAGCCAAAGACUUAGAUGUAGAAGAACCCAAAUUGCCAGAAGAUAUUUACAAAACGCAUCUAGAGGAGAAAAGGAAUACAAACGUGUGGGAUUCUGCGAAGCAGAACUUAUCGUCCUCCUUUGUAAAUGCAUUUGUCAAUGCUGCUUUUUGUAAGGAUAAACUAAUGACGGUAAAUUCGUCUCUCUGGAUUUUUAAAAAUAAAGAUUAUGGUUUGAUGAGUGCAACUGCAUCUAUGGGGUUACUCCUCAUGUGGAAUGUAGAUGAAGGGUUGUCCCAAAUAGACAAAUUCCAAUACAGUAGUGAUCAGUAUGUGAAAGCGGGUUCUCUGAUGGCUUUCGGGUUAGCUUGUACAAAUGUGAAGAGCGAAUGCGAUCCUGCCUUUGCAUUGUUAUCUGAACACAUAGAUGCAGAGAAUACGAUGGAAAGGAUAGGAGCCAUAUUAGGCUUUGGCUAUGCAUAUGCUGGUUCGGGGAAAGAAAACCUCCUAGAUGUACUCAUGCCACCACUUGUGGAUAAUGGUUGCAUUAUCGAAUGUAGCGUUUUUGCAGCCGUGUCUUUGGGACUUGUCUUUGUCGGUUCGCAGAAUCGGGAAAUUGCAGAAUACAUUAUUGACACUGUUAUGGAGAGAGAAAAGGUGAACAAUUCACUCGACCAACCGAUCGCCAAAUUAUAUGCAGUUGCCUUGGGACUUCUUUUCCUCUGUUCAAGAGAAAAAUGCGAAGCUACUCUGUCCGCCUUAGAAAUCAUUAAACACCCAAUCGCCAAAUAUAUGAUAACGACUGUAGAAGGGAUGGCCUUCGCUGGCUCCAACGAUGUGUUGAAGGUCCAAAAAAUGUUGCAAGUUUUGGUGGAGAAGAGAAAUGAAAAAAAGGUUAACAUGGAUGGAUUUACAAAACCGAAUGAUCAUAAUCCCCCCCAUGGUGGUAAUCCUUCUGAUGGGAAGACACCCCAGGGUGGGGAAGCGAAAGGCCCCACUUUGGAUGGCAAGCGGGCCAACACAUUAGGUAGUAAGAGUGGCAAGGGUAGUCCGUCAGAUGGGAAGGGUAAUGCCAACACAGGAGGGAAUACCCCCCAAACGGAAGACAACCUAGACCAGUGUGUAGCUAUCCUGAACAUUGCCCUCAUAGCCCUAACAGACGACAUCAGUUCCGAAAUGACAACCAGAAUUAUCGACCACUUUUUACAGUAUUCAAACUUGAACCAGAAGAAAGCAGUUCCCUUAGCUCUUGCGUUACUAUUCACCUCCUUCCCAAAACCAAACAUUGUAGAUAUUCUCUCCAAACUGACUCAUGACCAGGACGCUGAUGUGGCUCUACAUGCGAUUAUGUCUUUAGGGUUUGUUGGUGCCGGGACGAACAACUCACGUAUAGCUAUAUUGCUAAGACAGUUGUCUACCUUUUAUUGCAAAGAUGCUAAUGCUACUUUCGUGGUUAGGCUGUCCCAAGGUUUACUUUACAUGGGAAAAGGGCUACUAACUAUUAACCCUUUGCAUUCAAACAGAUCCAUUAUCAACCACGUAGCGUUGGGAUCCCUCCUAGUCACCAUCCAUGCGUGUCUCCAACUGAAGACCACCAUAUUGGGAAAAUACCACUACUUGCUGUACCACCUCGUGCCCUGCAUUUACCCGCGUAUGCUCGUCACCGUGAAUGAGGACUUGGAGCCCCUUCCCAUCUCGGUGCGCGUAGGCCAGGCCGUCGACGUCGUCGGGCAAGCCGGGAAGCCCAAAACGAUCACCGGGUUCCAGACCCACGUGACGCCCGUCCUGCUGCUGCACACGGACCGGGCGGAGAUAGCCACGGAGGAGUACAUCCCCGUCAAUGACACUCUCGAAGGAAUCGUCAUUCUGAAGAAGGACCCCAACUACGUGCCGCCAGCGAUCAACUGA